UUUCCCCCCUCUCUCUAUCUCUCUUCCGAAUUAUUUCAUAAGUACAAUUGAUUAAAGAAGAUGCCAUUUUCGAUCGGGUUAAAUCUUCUUUAAUUAAUUGUAAGAUUCAUAUCUCGAUCCUGUUUCACUUAUUAUUCUUUAUUCCGUAAGUCUUUUACUUUUAAUGAUUUUUUCUGCAUAUUCUCUCUUACGGAUAAUAAAGUAAGAUAAAAACAAUUUCUAUAUGCAGAAAGCAGCGAAGUGCUCGUAGCAUAUACAAAAGCAGUAAUCCGCGAAUUAGUGAAUCUGGAGAGGAUACCGACGAUCAAAGUAUGAUCAGUGAUAGUUUCCGAAGAAAGGAUCUCUCCAGAAACGCAGCUUUAAACACUUACCCACCUCUCUCGAAAACUAUUCAGUCGUCAAAAGCGUACAGUAAUAUAGCGUUGUCGAGAGCCGAUCUUCAAUCCAUUCCUCCGGAGUUAACGUCUUUUAUCGAACGGCAGGAGGAUUAUAUCGAGCAAUUGGAACGAGAGUCUCAAUACUGUAGAGAUGAGCUGAUGAAUCUGUUGAGCAAAGUUCGCGAGGUCGUAGCCGAAAACGAGGCGUUGCAUAGCAGGAAUCAAGUUGCAUUGUCCAAGUGCGUUAUGCAAGAUCAUAAAGAUCGCUGUGGGGUGAAUCACGAGUGUCACAAGCAAGAUGAGGGCGGUCACGUUGAUAAUACUUUAGAAUGCAAACGGGAGAAAUUCUUGGAGGGACCCAGUAUAAUGUUCGAGUCGAGAAUCAGCGAGCUGGAGGCGCAAUUGACCCAGGCCAAACUGGAGUUGCGAAAGGCGCAGGAGGAGAAUCAGGCGAACUUGAAACGUUUGUCCGAGAGCGGUUCGAGCGAGAGCAACGCCGAAUUGAGGGCCGAAUUGGAUAAGGCUCUGCGCGCCAAGUACGAGGCUGAGAUGAAGCUGGAGGAAUCGCAGAAGCUGCUGUCGGUCGCGCGGGAUAAGGAAACCGAGGCGACGCAGAGAGCGAGACGGUCUAUGGGCGACAGGCAGGAGAUCGAGUUUGAGAGGAAUCAGAGCGAGAUGGAGAUUCGGCGAUUGAAGGACGAGUUGGAGAGGCAACAUGAGAAGCUGCGGGAGGCGGCCCAGGAUGCGAACAGACGUAUAACCGAGGAGAGGCAGCAAGUGGAGCGUCGAUACAAUCAGCAAAUCGAGCAACUCACCGCCGAUAUCGCGACCAAUUGGGAGACCACCAACAAGUCGCAGCUGGAGUCUGAGAAACAGCGGCGAGAGAUAAACGAAUUGAGACGAGAAUUGUCACAGAAACAAACCGCCAUGGACAAUCUGAAAAAAGAGCUGCAAAAUAAGAUAUCCACCUUACAGAGCGAUCUUAACCAAGCGUUAAGCGAGAAAGACGCGGCGGAACAAGAGGUCUUAACUGGUAAACUGGCGGCCGAACGAAGCGACCGGCAGGCUCGUCAGGAGCAGAGUAGAUUGCAGGCAGAGAUAAAUUCGUACAAGCAGCGUCUGGAAAGAGCGGACGCCGAUCUGGUACAUUGCAGACGAGAAAACCUACGACUGUCGGAGCAAAUAGCAUCUUUGGAGAAAGAGAUCAGUAUGAGUAAGAUUGUACGAUCCGAAGAGAAUCGUAGCGAAACUACGCCUAGAUUGGAAAAGGAGAAGGAAUUAACGUCCAUGAUAAUGAAUAUGGAGACUAAGCAUGAGGGGGUCGUUGAGAGAGAUGCGACAACGGUUGGGCAAACCGCUUCCCCUUCGAGCAAGAAACGUACCGUUAAGGUUGAUCUAAAAGUAAAAGUAAUUCCGAAAAAGAAGUCCGACACCUCCAAAACGUCUCUAUCAGCACAGGAAGAAAUGGCCGGCUUACAAAGCAACAUAGAACAAUUGUCAAGUAAAAUACAAGGCAGCCUUGUAAGUCACGCAGGAGGAAUUGUUGUGGAAGCUAACGAUGAUACUGGAGCUUUUCAUUAUAACGCUACGAUGGAUUCAGUAGUCUCGCCGCAUACGAACGGGUUGCCGACUGGUGCUUCAGCGUCACGAAUGACCCAUCAGGAAUACGAUACAGCGAACGGUCAACAAGUGGCGGGUCAGGGGUCGGAAAUUCAGUAUUCGAACGCGCCGAAGAGAAACGACCAAAUGCAGGGCGACUUGUAUGGCUUAUCGAGCGAUCAGAAUAACUUUGCACCGAGCACGGCGGAAACUGCGGAGGUGUAUCAGCAGCAAGGAGACGUUCGAAAUAAUGAACAGUACAUGGCAAAUGAUCCAAACAUGGAAGCUUACAUGAUGGACCAUGACCAUAAUCAGUACGACGAAUACGAUCCUUCGCAGUACCCAGAAGAACAGUAUGUUAAUGGCAACCAGUACAACGUGAUGACGGAUCAGACGGAAAAUAAUCAGACUGUCUCUGACGUAGCCAGAACCAGUACUGAAACUCUGCACUAAAACAUAUAAUCUGUAUCAAUGACAUAUGCACGCAUAUAAAUAUAACGCUGAUGGGCGAAAUACAUAAAGUAUAUAUAUAUAUAUAUAUAUAUAUAAAAACAAAUGUCCUGACUGACUGACCGACUCAUCAACACCCAAACCCCUAAAUUUAGAAACUUAGAAACAUGAAAUUCGGGGAGUAUAUUCCUUCUAUGACGUAUAUAAGCACUCACUAAGAAGGGAUUUUUAGAAAUUCGAUCCCUAAGAGGAUGAAAAGAAUAAAAUAUGUGUUACUGUAGUGAAGCACGGGUAUCAAGCUAGUAUAGAAUAAAUGUGUAAAUCGAA